GAGAUGUAGGCGGCGCUCGACCCCUUCAUGCUCGCCACCGACGUUGCCUACUACAUCGUCCGCAAGGGCGUUCCGUUCCGCGAGACGCACCACAUCUCGGACCGCUGCGUAGCCCUUUCGGAAAAGACGGACAUCCCGAUGAACGACCUCAGCUACGAGCAGCUGAAAACGGUUAAUGAGCGUCCUCGAGCAGAUUGCCGUUCUGCGGGCUUUCCUGGAAUAACCUGGGUCUAUUCUGGAGAGGAGAGAAAAGACAAGAACAGCGCAAGACAUAACGGUUAUGAUUUAGGGCCUCCCGGCCAAUCACGGGUUCUGUUCUAUAUGGUUAAUGGGAGCGAGUUCUGAGUAGAUAUCAGGCCGCAUUUGUGGAAUUAGCAAAGGGAAAAAGGGGGGGAACCAAAAAUGCGGUAGACUUGGGACAACAAGGCCCGAAAAGGUGAAUAAUACAACGUAUGUCGGUGAUUUUCUUUGUUGUCCAUU